CAGCUGCCGCUUCGCAGCGAAUAUAUAUAACAGGACGUGCUGCGUCACGGCAACGUCAGAUUUGAACAUUGAGGCGCGCGCGAUCGAGCAGCAUUUGAAUCGCCCGGAGUGAAAACAUUCGAGUUGUGCGUUGAAAAAGAAGAGCUGUAAUUAUCGUGUAAUCAAGAGCAUCGCGAUUUCAUCGAAAGAAUAAUAUGUCUCUGCUACCAAUCUUGCUUUCCGACGUCCUCGACGAGUUCGAGAGUCCCAGCGGCAUCCUCGACAGGCACUACGGGAUGUCCCUCAGCCCGGAGGACCUCUUCGAGUAUCGUUCGCCGAGGUGUUCGGAUGUCCUGCUCUACAGACCGGUGAGAAAAUUGCAUGGAAAGAGGUACACGCCCUACGAGACUCGGCUCGUGAACAAGUCGAAGGGCGGCGCCUCCGUCAUCAAAGCGGACAAAGAUAAGUUCCAUCUGACAUUGGACGUUCAGCAUUUCGCCCCGGAUGAGAUCUCGGUUAAGGUAGUCGACAACAACGUGGUCGUCGAAGGAAAGCACGAGGAGAAGGAGGACGAUCAAGGUUGGAUCUCGAGGCAGUUCCUGAGGAGGUACAUGGUGCCGUCACAAUGCGACAUUGAGCAGGUACGAUCGAGCUUGUCGUCCGACGGAAUCCUGACCAUAACUGCGCCGAGAAAAGACGCGCCGCCAAUUGAGAAUCGUGAGAGAGUUAUCGAGAUUAAACGCACCGGAAAACCGGCUGUCAUGCAGGAGAAUGAAAUGUCUGAGAAACAGAUCGGCGGAAAAGUGCAGGAGGAGCAACGUAGGAAGAAGGACGAGAUCGCCGUGGAAAAGAAGAAAACUAUCGCGGCUGCCUAAAGAAUUACUGUUCAUUUUGUUUCCAAGUUUUGCGUGUGUAACACCAUGAUAUAAGACUGAUGACGUUAGUCUUAGUUCAUAUUUCAAUCAUAUCAUUUUAUAUGUGACAUGUAGGAAAAAAAUAUUGGAUUCAUUAACUGCAUUUAAAAUUACACAUAUUACAACCAUAUUUCAUGUAAUACAACGAUAACUUACUAUUAGCUAGGAUAUUAGCUCGUACUUUUGGUAUACUGCUGGAAAGUGUACAACGUAUCUU